AUGCGGGGACAGCGGCGCGGGGACAACACGGACUUGGUCCCGCGUCACGGACCCCGCCGACCUCGACUCGGUCCCCUUGCUACGGAGCCCAAGACCAGGACCCGGGACUUUCGCUCCGGAUCCCGAGACCUGGUCCCGCAUCACGGACCCCGGACCUGGUCCCCGCCCCCCCCCCCCUCGUCCCCUCGCCACGGACCCCAGGAUUCAACGUGGUCAUCAUUGACUCUCACGUCUGAGAUCUCGGACCCCGGACUCGGAGGCCCUGGGCCCUGGGCCCGGGACUUGGUCGUAGGUGUCUUGCCCAAGACGCGGUCCUGCUUCUGAUCGCUGCCUGCUUAUCGGCCCGUGUCGUGGACUUGGGACGUCUCCCUGCGGGUUUCCCACGGCGACUCCGCUGCUCGCUGUUCGCUCGUUCCCCGGAGUCGUGGUCGAGACCGCCCGCCCGCCCCGGACUCCGUCUCGGACCCCUCGGCCUCGGUCCCCGUCCCGUCCCCAUGCGCGGGCCCCGCCAUGUCCGCGCAGUACUCGGGGCUACAGGCGCUGCCCGGGGGGGACCUCGGGGACGGAGCGCGGCUGCGGGGUGCGGCCUCCUCGGCCUCGGUGUCGCGCCGGGAAGUGCGGGACGGAGGCGGCGGCGGCGGAGACAGGGGACAGAUGUGCGACAGGGGCCCCCUCGCCAGGGAAGUGUACCUUCAAAAGGAGGUGGAGCGUUUGCGAGUGGAGAUCGCCAGGAGUGAGGAGGUCAACCGGUUGCUGCUUGCCGAGCUCGAGGACUGUCGAGGAGUGGUCCCGCCGUGCGAGCAGCACCCCCCGCCGCGAGGGGGGGGCUCCCCCGUGGAGCCUGUGGCGCUCGCGCUGCCCGGCACGCAGCUCGUGGUGCAGCUCACGCAGAAGGAGAACGAACUCGCGCGGGCCAAGGAGGCGCUGCAAGCCAUGAAGGCCGACCGGCGGAGGCUGCGUGAGGAGAAGGGCGACUUGGUGAGCCAGAUGAAGCAGCUGUACAGCACUCUGGACGAGAAGGAGGACCAACUGCGCACUUUCAUUCGCAACUAUGAGCUACACCGCAAGGAGAAUGAGGAAGCCACUCGGGCCUUGGUUGUGGAGCGGGAGAGCUCGGAUCGUGAGAAGUGGGAGAUCUUGAGGCGCGUCCGGGAGGCCACGGACCGCUCGCUCGCGCUGCGCACGCAACUCGACGCGCGGGACAACCGCAUCAAAGAGCUGGAAGCGGAGCUCACGAUGUUUCUUCACAACGGAAGCAGAGCCUCCGCUACCAAUGCCAGGCAGUCCCUGGUGGCCGCGAGCAGGGACUCGUCCAAGCGGCAGUCCCUCGUGACGUCGUCCGACUCGGGGGACUCCCCGGAGUGGCCCCUGCCACACGAGACGGUCACGGCGGCGAUCCGUAAGAGCCUGCAGAACAGUACGCAGCACGUGGCCGCGGCGGCCCAGCCGGGACACUACCCCCAGCACCCGGCUACCACCGCACAGGGCGCUGCCUCCACCAUGGACAGGAAAGGCAUGGUCAGCGUGGGGCAUUCGCGCCGUUCGUCGCUUGUGUCGGAGAUUACGACGUCGUCCGACGGCGUGCGCCCGGUGACGGCCAGCGACCACAGCUCCCCGGCGCGCCUCCCGCACUCGCUGGCGAAUUCUCUGGAGGAGCUCAAUGGACUGGGGCCAGGCCGGGAUAAGGAGAAGAAACGUCUGAGCACAUUCUCCAUGAUUCUGGGCAAAGGACGCAGCCGCAAGUCGGAGCCCUAUCACCACGAAGUGUUGACCCCGCAGUCGAGUCCAGCUCACGGGCUGCUUCCUCUGGCGCACCCCGAGGCCGUUCUCCCCCCGUGCACCGGGACACUCCCCGGAGCGCUGGGGGGGGCAUCCGCUGGAGAUCCCGUGACUAAGCUGCAGCUGGCCGAGGCUGCCCGGGUGACAGCCAUGUCUCGCUGGAAGUCGGACACCAUCCUGGCAUGGCUGGAGCUCAACAUGUCCAUGCCUAUGUACGGAAAACACUGCCGGGAGAACAUAAAGAGCGGCAAGGUUCUGCUGGGGCUGUCCGAUGAGGAGCUGGAGAAGGCACUGGGGGUCGCUAAUCCUCUGCACAAGCGCAAGUUGCGUCUCGCCAUCGAAGACUAUCGGCAGGCGGAGCAGGAUAGCAGCCGGUGCUGUCUGUCGCGAGCGUCCGAGUUGGACCACCACUGGGUGGCCAAGACGUGGCUGCGGGACGUGGGGCUGCCCCAGUACGCGCAGGUCUUCCACUCCCAGCUGGUCGAUGGUCGUGUGCUGGGAUCGUUGGGCCGCAAGGAGCUGGAAAAGCUGCUGGGAGUCACAUCUAAGUUCCAUCAGACGAGCAUUCUGCACGCGAUCGAGCUUCUGCGAAGCGUGGCCUUCGAUCGCGAGGAGCUGAGUCGGCGCCGCCAGCUGUGUGAGGUGCGGGAUGUGGACACGGUGGUGUGGACAAACCAGCGGGUCAUGCAGUGGGUCCGCAAUGUCGACCUGAAGCAGGAGUUUUCUGAGCACCUGGUGAGCAGCGGUGUCCACGGGGCGCUGCUCGUGCUGGAGGGCAGCUUCACGGCCGAGGGCUUGGCGGCCAUGCUGAAAAUUCCGCAUAACAACGCCUUCCUGAGGCGACACCUGGCCUCCGAACUCGCUGUCAUAGUCGACCCCAGCAGUAAGCUUCCUAAACCCACCUUUAGGAUGCUUCCCUGGGGCUCAGCAUUAGCCAGAAGUACGACCAGGAGACGGGCGUGUGAUGCUGGAGCACACCACUCCGCCAGAGACACGACUGAGGGAGAGGACUCUUCACGUGAAGCACGUUGCCCUCCAGCUACCGGGCGCUGCAGUGGAAGGCUCCAAUCAGAGUUCCUCAUACUGAAUGGACACACAUGACACUGUUGGCCAAGGUGGACGUGCUGGGGUUAGUGGAGGCUGCAUACGAGAAGCAAGAAUGUAGGCUUGUGAGACUUCAAGGUGUCCGUUGGUAAUAGGACUGCAACACUCAAGCAAAUUGCAAACACAAGCCAAUUGGACAAGUCGAGGCCCGGCAGUGUUGGUGACCGGUCAGCUCAGGCCUUGCAUGCACUGGCUCCUCUACAGAGUUCACUGACCAACGCCUGUGUGCAUAUUCGUAUUACUGUACGUGACUAAGCAGUGGUCAAAAUGUAAACGUAGAAGCGCUGGUAUAAAACCUCUUAAUCACUCAGCCCAUGUUUACUCCAUUUUCCCCUCUGUGGAAACAGCGUAAUAUUGGAAUUGGGACCGUUCUGAGAAGUGUCGGUGAACGUGUUUUAGUGUUCUGAGCGGUGCCCGCGUGGCGUUCCGUCGCAUACCGGCUCGUAUCCAAAACUGUGAUUAAGUACAAACACGUGGUGAGUAAAACUGGCUCUGUUUCUUUCACCGCCGAGAGGAACGUUGUGAUUCUUUAAGAAGGCCACUUAUCUGCAACACUUAGAUUUUAUUCGUACUAUAUUUGUUAUUUUAAUUUGACCAGUAUGUGAUCAUAGAAGCGGCAGCAAUGUCACGUACAGGAAGAGAAGACGAGAGAACGUAAAUGUCACAUUUUUCAGUUCCUCUCAGAGAAACUGUUUCUGUUUUUAAUCAAACUUACAAUGCCCCGUUUUUAAUGACCUGUUUUUAAUCACGUUACAAACUUACAUACCCCAACAACGUUGAUUAUUACGAUUCUGUCUGGGUUACCUGGAACUCCAUUUUACGUGGAUACAUUAAAAUCUAUCAUCGUGGAGAAUAUAACGAACACAUUAAAGAGCAGACAAUACACACUUUUCCCAUAUCUGCCCCUUCACAGGAUUAUUUUUUUUGACACAUCCCAUCAGCCACACGGCUUUCUGGAAGUGCACAAUUUCUGUAGCAUGGUUCAGCACAAGCAAACUGGACCAAUAUUGACAUUGUCUCAUCAACAGAGCCACUUGGGCGACGCUGGUGGACUGCCGCAUGUUUGUCGGGAAGCUCCCUCGGUUACAAGUGGGUCCUGGCUGUAUCGUCUGCUUGUUUAUUUGCAGAAACACUCCCGGUGUCACCUGAUCUACAGUAUAUAAUCAAAAUACAGCAACAGUUAUGUCUUUAUUUUUAUAAAUAUACAUAUUUUAGGUUUAGCACAGAUAAUUACAAUUAGUGGAUAGAACUGCUACAUAAAAGUAGUUCAUACUUGGUCAAAAGUGAAUGUUAUAUGCACAUAAAAGUUCAGGUGUCAUCAUGGUCUUCGGCUUUGGCCAUGAUGACAUCUUCAUCCUGCGCAAUGGAGGGGGGAAGGGUUGAAGCCUCCGUGUUCAAAUUAUUUUUCUAAAUUGAAAACUCAAUUUCUGUAGAACUGCUUGUUGUGUUUAGUUUGUUGUCUUUCCCCCGCACCUCCGAUGAGCACGGUUGGCUAAGUACGGUGUGAAAGAAGUUCAAAAACAACAACAACAUGCAUGAAUCUUGCACAAUGAUGGGUGCAAGGUUUGAGGCCUUCGUGUUCAAGGAGGGUGGCAGGAUUAUUUUGGUAAAGUCCCAACCAUGCUUGACAUCCAUUGGCAGCUUGUAUGAAUAAUGAUCGUGUGGUAAUGAAUGACUUCGUCUCCACUGGUAUGUCGCUAAAUAAAUCUGGCUUAGCGUUGUCAGUGCUCAUGUCCGAUGUGGCGAGACGUGCACUGUGCUGGCCUGAGUCGGAGUUGUUGGCUCCAAUGUCAGAACUCAUAGGCACGGCUGGUUCCUCCACAUGCAGGGCAUCAGAUUUACCUUAUGUUUACAUUGUGUUAAUACCACUAAUCUGUUUACCUCAUGUAAAUCCCCUUUCAGAAUGUGUAAUAGUUCCACUCUACCCACUGCUCAUUACCAGAUUUUGACGCAGUUUUUAUAGCACGCCGCGCGACCUGGUUGAAACCACUGUGCACGGAAUAAGGUGAUCACAUUGUGUGGUUUGGACAGGUUACAGUUUUAUUUUUCACGUGUAACACAAUGGGGCUUUGAUUAAAGACACUAGUUUUGCCUAAUACUCUGAUUCAAGUAUUAGCUAUUUUAUUCAAAAACUCUUUUCAUGAUAUUUUUAAUAAAUUAAAAACUCAACUGUUAUCUACUGAACCGUCAUCCUCAAUAUUCAUGAUUAACCAGCCAAGUGACCGGUAGGGCAAGUGGCUGCCAUUCGGAAGGUUGGAAGUUCAAAUCCUGUUCGGGGGUUGACUCAGACCAUCAUCCCUCAGAGUCAUUAAAAUGAGUACAACUUUGUGGGGAAGAUUGACAGUGGUUGUUUAAUGGAUAGACUCACCCCUGCCAUAGGAAUGUCGAAUUUCCACCGCUGGCUUAGGGCAGAAAAUGGGAUAAGCAUCGCCUCAACGCUCAUUUGGCCACGAAAUGGCUGACUUUGCCUGGUUCAAGUGGCUGAUUAACUUGUCAAAUGCGAUGCACAGAAGCCAGGCGACACCACUCAAGUGGUGCAGGUGACGUUCCUCAUGUCCCCUUCCCAGGAAUAUUUCCCAGACGUGAAGCGAGAAAGCUCGGGUGGCCCUCGCCACACUGCCACGUGGAAACAUCGCUCCAGUGUUGAGAUUCGCAGUGAAAUGUGGACACACUGCUGUGUCUGAACAGGCAGCACGCUUUGCGGAUAACAGGGAACCUAUGGCCCCUCCUGGCACUCUUUCAAAUAUAUUCAAAGAUAUUCAGGAUUCCACUGACAUUCUAUCUGCAAGGUCAUGCCAUGUGAAUACAGCAUGAGUAUACAGUUUGUGUCGUGGCCAACAACAAAUAGCACUAACAAAGGUGACAUAAAUAUGCUAACUUAUUUAUUCCAUUCAGGAACAUUAUUUUAAGAGCUUCGGAAAAAAUCUGAUGGGAGGGAAUUCCAUCGUGGAGCAAUGCGAGGAAAGAAGUAAAGGAGAAGUGGUGUGACCUCGUCGCGAGUCGUGGAAACAGUCGCGACAGGAGCGUGAUGAGGGGACGCCGGACCGCCAGUGAGUGAGUGACUACAGUUAAUUAGUGGCUGCUGGAUCAUCAGUCAACCUGACUGCUUUGCUCUGAAUUCAAUCAAGUAUAGUGAAGUGGGAACUGGACGUCCCACCCUAGAUAUCGCAACAGCAUUCCAACUUUAGCCGAAUCUCUGAAUUCUGUCGUCGUAUUCAUUGUUUGGAGAGAAAGAGGCUUUCAUAGGGAAAAAACCGAAGCUACGUCAAUGCCUCCUCAGCUGAAUUAUUAAUACAGCCAUUCCAUGGCAGGUCAGAUGAGAAUAUAGCUGUGGCCAGACAUGCAACGAUGUCUCAAUUGAUGCCACGACCUCCUAGCUCUCGACGUGUUCUCCGGUCAAUAAGAAGAUUGCCCUCACCACCUUUGAGGUUCUCCAUGGACUGGCCCCCACCUACCUUUCCCUUCUCACUCUGCCCCGCACACCGAGGCCUUCCUUCGGUCAGCAAUCAGAGUCGGCCUCCACUGAGUGGCAGGACACUCUUCCACAGUCGCCCUGCCUGGAAUGCCCCGUUGCUCGCCAUGCACGCUCUCGAGGCCCUUCUGCCUCCGACUAUUUUCUAUUAAUGCGCCUCCUUCUCAUUAUCUCACUCGAUAAAUAAAAUAACAAGUAUUCUUUUACACAACCAAUCAUCUGCACAGCCUUCUUGGAGAGAUGUAAACUUUUUAAAUACGUUUUGGCGAGUCAUAUGUAGGUAUGUUUAACUUCUUUUGCACCGUAAUUAGCCAACCGUGCUAAUCUGCUUAUGUAUUUUAUUACUUAUAUUCUCCAUAACGAUACGAAUUGUUUUCAUCUGCACCAUUACAAUACAUCGUUCCCCGAUCUGCCCAGAAACCCUGACCAUCUAGCACCCCCAUAAGUCCUGCCACACAAAUCCCGUCCAUGUGCGUGGCCCCCGUGUACUGCGUGUUGGGAUGUAGUUCCAUUUAGACACUUUAUAAGUCCACAUGGCUUUAGUAAUUUGUACCCAUUAAUCAAAAGUGGCAUAUGCAGUAGGGCAGUGGUAAUACAGACAUGGAUGAAGUUAAUUCCCAAUCUGGGUACAACCGUAGCUCUGGUGUUGUGUGUAUCUGUGGAGUAAAACUAGACAAUUGACAGGGGGCUUCUUAUGAGUAGUCAUUUGAAAUUGUCAUUGGAAAUGUGCAUACAGUUUAGGUUAGUUUAUAAAGAUGGAAUUCCUGCCCAUCUUAUAUUUUUCCAAACACGUAGAACCCUGUUCAAUCAAGUAAUCGAGUAAUUUUUAACUCUGUUACAGCUUUGAUGGUGUUGCUUGUUGCUGGCCGCUUAUUGUGGGCCUGUGAGCCUGCGCUGGACAGUUGUGUGAAGAACCCGCCCUUGUACUCUUUUGUAAAUUGGCACAAUGUUGUUAAACCGGAGGUUUAAGUGAAAAAUACCAAAUGUGAGUUGGCACGCAUCUUGUGCCUCCGAGCCCAAACCAUUCCCUUCCCCAAUCAAUCUUCUCCAAUUCGCUGCUUAAAAGUUACACUUUAAAUUUCAUACGAAAUAAUGGAAAUUGUCGAUAUAGUAAUUUUAUUAUAAUAAUCAAACCUGUCCAUUUUAACCCAACUUUUCUCCAUCCAGGAUGUCCUUGUAAGGCUGCGUUCAACAUGUCCAUUACACAGUCAAGUUACUCAUUUAAGAUGACAACGCAUUAUAUUUUAAAUAAACUAAUAUUUUGGAUGCUAGACAAACAUCUGUUCCAUUUUCGAUGGGGUACAGUGAAAUAAAGCCACAUGUACCAAGAGUGGUGCAAUGAAUGCUCACUUCAGAGGCCUACAUCGUAAUAACCAUGACAAUCUAUGUCAGUCCACGGUGUUGACUGACGCAUACAUAGCGAACACAAAAUAACAAGUGUAGAAACAUUUUAAAUCAAGAAUGUAUAUAUCCAUAAUGGAGGUUUUUUGGGUUAGAUCCCGUAAAUAUAUAAAUGUGUCGUUAAAACCCGCCACCACCCGACACAGCCAACUAGUAAAGGUUGUCACGUCAACAGAACGUGCCAAUUCUUCACAAGUACAGCACUAACCGGUGUGUUGGAGAGCCAAGCCACAACAUUUACAAUCUGAGUACGACGUUUCGUCAGUAACUACAACUAGCUUCAUCAGGUGACAGCCAGAUUUGUGGAGAAGUCUAACUGUUUCAUUCCUUAUCUAGAGGCGUUGAUGUGUUGACGACCCUUCUGCGCUCUUGCACAAUGUGGGGGAGAGAUUAAUGAGGCAACGUGUAUUAUGCAUGUGCAUUACGCGAGCCAUUUGAUCUUUCCUUCCUGUCUAUUGUGUGUAUUAAAAUAGCCGUACCAACGGUAAUCCCUAGUGAAGUAUGUUGCCCUUCAUCGGCAUGCAUUUAAAUAAUGUUUUAUUUGAUGAUUCGCUUCCACGCAGCACUAAGGCGGUAGCUAUCCGAACGGGUGGUGGCAGGUUUAACGACACAUUUCUAUAUUUACGCGAUCUAACCCCAAAACAACUCUUAUGAAUGAUAUUGGUUGCGAAAGCCUACGUCUUAAAAUAAUGUAUACAGUUUGAAUUUACACAAUUAAAAUCACGCAGUCAAACAUACAUUCAAUAUUGACACGUGGUGCUCACCCCUGGUUAUGUAGAAUGUCCUCGAGCUGUCAUCAGUACCCAGAAAUGCUCUUUCUAAAUGUCUGCGUCUCAUGGAUUCGCUAAUUGCGCCAUUCACUGAUUGGCCUUCACCAAGUGGCGCAGUCGCACUGGCGUCAGGGACUGCGAUAGGAAUGAGUUCCCUGUGACAGGCAGCAAUGGAACGACGGGGAGCAGUUCGCUGCAGAACGUCAACACAACAUCACUUAGCGUCAUUGUGGAGCAUUUAAGAACCACUAUGAAUAAUAGCUGUCCCUCCACAUGAAAAUUAAAGUACGUUUUACACAUCCCAUCAGCCAUACAACCUUCUGGAAGUGAAUCAUUUCAACAGCUUUGAUUCAACAAUGCUACUGAAACACUGAAUGUUGAAACUGGUCCAAACUUUGCAUGUGAAUCAGUAGUCCUGAAAUUAUGCACUCCCAGAAUGCUGUGUGGCUGAUGAGAUGUGGAGGGAUGGAUAUGGGAAGGAGCGUCGUGUCUGCUUCUUGUUACUUUUCAACAGAGACGCGUGUAGGACAGGAACAUCGUGAGCCAAAUGUCCAAUGGGCUGAAGUGGCUGCUUCGGCAAGCAACUCCGACAACAAUUUGCGGGCAAUCUUGUUGUUCCCCACGUAUCCCUACGGGGACUUAUGCUGUGACAGCUUCUGGCAGGUUUCUUUAGCUAUGAACAUGGAGAAUAAUUCACUUUCUAGAUAUUUUAGGCUUCUGAAAGUCCCUGAGUGUUGGGUGACUUACUGAAUGUAUCAUAAGCCAGGGGGGAGUGUGUAAAGCAGUACUUUCAAUUAAAUGCAUUUAACUAUUUAGUUUUAAAAGUGAACGGAGAGAAGAGUAUUUAUCUGCAUAUGUUGUAUGUGCAGCAAUGGGUGCAACUUUUACAUACCGAGAAGACAAUAUGGACAGCUUGAGCACUCACUCGUGCGUGGUGUCUUCUGCUGUCCCAGGUUGGCGACUGAUUGCACUAAAUGUCGGCUAGUAGGAGACGCUCGCACUGGGGGAAGUUGUUCCGUGGGCUCAUAAAUAACAGCAACAGCGGCACUUGUUGCAGGCAAAACAAACCCGCUGUGUAUAACGUCAGUGCUUAAUUUGUACAUAUGUAAUUUUUGCAAAGUAUACAAUAUAAUAGUUUUGUGAUGAAAUAUUAAGAGGAACUCUUACUGCCACGCAAACACACGUUGCUCCCUGUAGGCAUUUUACUUUACAAUUUGUUUACACAUAUGGGUGCAGUCUUGUUUAAAAUAACCACAACAUUCUACAAGGAGCUGGAUCCAUACCUGAAGACGAGGCGUAUUGUGCAUACUACGACUCAAAAGCCCGUGUGGAUUUAAUAUGAAUAUAAGUAUGGUAAACGAACUGUAAUUAGUCAAAGUUACAACCCUCCCAAUACUUGUUUUGCUUAGUUUGAAACUUCCAUGUAAAUGAAAUAGUGUUCUGCUCUACGCUUUCUUAAUUCCAUUAACAGAUAGCAGAUAUAACAUUACACAUCCCGUGAACUCCACGGCCUUCUGUGAGUGAAUAAAUUCAGCAACAUUGGUUCAAUCCAGGCAAACUGGAACGAUUCCAAAAUUUAUUGUCCCAUCCGAAGAGUCGGUUUGUUUAAAUCAGUGGUGGUGAAGCCCCAGAGGUUUGUCGGCAUGGAACCACUCUGAGAUAUGGGUCCUCGCUUGACACAAAACCAUAUAAUACUUAACACUAAGUCGUAUAAUUGUGGAGAAUAUAAACAUAAUAAAUAAUCAGACAAGAUGCCGAUUUCACAUAUUGGUCCUUCCACGUAAAACAAUAAUAAAAGUUUAUUUUACACAACACAUCAGUGCGAAGGAGGCGAAUGGUCUCCUUAUUUAUUUAUUUUGUUACUGAUAUUCUCCAUAGCGAUGCGAAUUAUUAUCUUGUUUUUAAUUAUCGUGUUUAAUUAUCUUGUGUUUAAUUAUCUUGUGUUUAAUUGUCUUUCUGACAUCGGUGGGUGCCGACCUAUGGUCUGCACACCGCUAUGGCUCACGAGGCCCUGGGAAGUGGUUUGCCAAACUGUUGUAGUUUUUUUUCCACAAAACAGGACAUUUGCUUUACUGUAUGGUAGUUUGAAGAAAAGAAUGUGAUUGUUGACGCUUAUCUACCGGUCCAGAGACGUCUGUAACCACUGAUGUGGAUGGUGAAAUGACAUCACUCUCACAGCGACGUUCUGUGUUCUAGCCCAGUGUGUCGCUCUGUCCAGGCUGCCUCGUACAAACUCCACGGGUAUUGGUGAUCCAUUUGUGAUCAAGGAGAUCAUUUUCUUGGGCUGUGUCUUAGAAAGAAUGAGAACCACUCAAGAGGUGUGCUGGGAUUACUAUUGAUGAAUAAACAUCGAGCAGCAUUCUCUGUAAUGUGCACACAUUCCAUGGUGCUGCUCUGUUCUCAUCAUGAGCGGUACUUGUGAGCAAGCAUCCAUGCACCGUUGUCUCUAUGCAGGAAGAGCCUUGCUUGGAGGCGGUAGCAGGCACAACAUGCACAUGCUGCGUCAGGCUUGUGCACCUACAUUGAAACGCAUAACGGCGAGGCUGUUGGCAAGAUGUAGCCACAAUCUAUCCACUGCUGGAUGAACGCCUCGUAAUGUCUUCACCGUCAUUCAUGGUCUUGCAAUGCCGUAACCAGCUCGCUCCAGCGCGCGAGCUCACGUCAUCGCUCCAUCUCUGCAGUAGUUGGACUCUCGGCUUUGUUUCCUCCUUUAUCUGACAUUCAUCACCACUCUUGUCCAUCAGGUAUUAUAUCUCGCCUCUUGAUGUGUCCUGCCUUAGCACACUUUGUAUCUUCUUGGUUCUUUCGGUAAAGUCACGUAGAAGGGAAGUAAUAAAAUAAUAAAAAGAAAACAUAAUUUUUUAAAAUAAUUAUUUUAUUAUGUUUUAUUAUUUUAAAAUAAUUAUUUU